GGCUGGGGGCCGAAUGGUUGUGUGGCGGGUUCGAGUCCCGCCCACUAGCUCUGGUCGCUGGCCCCGGGUGUGGGGCGGGGCAGGGUGCAUUUGCCGGGUCCUCUCCUAGGCGUGGGGUGGCAGCGAAUCUUGGGCGUCACCAUGGAGGACUACCUGGAGGGGUGUCGAGCUGCUCUGCAGGAGUCCCGACCACUCCAAGUGGUGCUCGGAAACGAAGCCUGUGACUUGGACUCUGUGGUAUCAGCUCUCGCUCUGGCUUUUUACCUGGCAAAGACAAAUGAGGCAGAAGAAAUCUUUGUGCCAGUUUUAAACAUACAGCGUUCUGAGCUAUGUCUUCGAGGUGAUGUCGUCUUCUUCCUUCAAAAGAUCGGCAUUCCAGAGUCCCUCUUGAUUUUCCGGGAUGAGAUUGAUCUCCAUGCAUUGCACCAGGCUGGCUGGCUCACCCUCAUCCUUGUUGACCACCAUGUCUUACCCAAAAAUGAUGCAGCCCUAGAGGAGACUGUAGCAGAGGUGCUAGACCAUCGGCCCAUCGAGCAGAGACACUGCCCUCCCUGCCCUGUGUCAGUUGAGCUGGUGGGGUCCUGCGCUACCCUGGUAACGGAGAGAAUCCUGCAGGGGGCACCAGAGAUCUUGGACAGGCAGACGGCAGCCCUUCUGCAUGGAACAAUCAUCUUGGACUGUGUCAACAUGGAUCCUAAAAUUGGGAAGGCCACCCCAAAGGACACGAAGUAUGUGGAGAAACUGGAGGCUCUCUUCCCAGAUUUGCCCAAGAGGAAUAACAUCUUCGAUUCUCUACAAAAGGCAAAAUUUGAUGUCUCAGGACUGACUACUGAGCAGAUGCUGAGGAAGGACCAGAAGAUCAUCUUCAGGCAAGGCACCAGAGCAGCCAUUAGUGCAAUAUACAUGGACCUGGAGGCUUUUCUGCAGAGGCCCGGCCUCAUGGCAGACCUCCAGGCUUUCUGCCAGGCCCACAGCUGUGAUGUCCUGAUCGCCAUGGCUAUCUUUUUCAACACCCACAAUGAGCCAGUGCGGCAGUUGGCCGUUUUCUGUCCCCAUGCAGCACUCCGAACGAUGAUGUGUGAAGUCCUGGAACGCUCCCAGUCUCCAUCCCUGAAGCUGGUCCCUCUCCCCAGCACACACCCUAACCUGCAAGCCUACCUUCAAGGCAACACCCAGGCUUCCCGAAAGAAACUCCUGCCUCUGCUCCAGGAGGCCUUGUCAGCAUAUUCUGACUCCACGAAGAGCCCUUCAGGGCAGCCGGAGACACUGGGUGUGCCCGGGGAGCAAGUGGACAAGGAAUUGGACCGAGCAGGGAACUCCCUGAUUUCUGGACUGAGUCAAGACGAGGAGGAACCUGUACUGCCCCCCACGCCCAUGAACAGCUUGGUGGAUGAGUGUCCUCUGGACCAGGGGCUGCCGAAACUCUCCGCCGAGGCCAUCUUUGAGAAGUGCAGCCAGAUUUCCCUGUCCCAAUCAGUUACAACCUCCUCGUCCAAGAAGUGACUGUGGAGAAUGAAGGGAAUAGCGAGCGAGCGAGGUUGCCUGAACCACCUCCAAUGCAUGUUUUGAAACGUUUCUGUGAGUCUGUCUUAUUGCCCCAGGAGCUGGUGUGCUGUUGUUGUGAGCCUGGGAGGAAAAAAAGUAAGAGAAAGCAGCUGCUGUAGGACUGGCUUCCCACUUGCCGUGCCCACCCGCCCCACAAACCACCCCCCAUCUGCCAGACAAAUGUUAAUAAUAUUUAAUUUAAUUAUUUUAAUCUGCACUGACUUCCCUUUAUUGCAUUUGGGAGGGACCCAAUGUAGUCGAUACAGUUCUGGCAGAAUAAUACAUGAAGACAGUGUACCCCAAAAGUACCCUCCUCCAUGAGGCUCUUUGAGCAAUCAGUAUCGUAACACCCAUGGAGGCAGUCAGUCCUUGCUUGCCUCUGUAUAGUCAUUUACCUACUUACUAGUUUGAGUAUUUAUUGAGUCACUACUUGAAGGUAGAGAAAAAAUAACGUGCUUUGGAAAAAUCCAUUUUGGUAUUCCUCCUUGAGCCGUAGAGCCCCAGCUCCCUAACUACCCUUUCUGGCCCCCAGUUAGAUAGUGGCAUCUGAUUCGGAAGUGGCCGACCUUUUUCAUGAGCUUAUGACUCAGGAGGGUGGCGAACAGAUCAGAGGCUAUUAUCUUCUGGCCUCAUCAGGUAACCUGGCUUUUGUGGCUCUGGUUCUCUCCCAGAUCCUAAAAAGAAUUCUGAGGGAGUCGGGCGGUAGUGCAGUGGGUUAAGUGCACGUGGCACAAAGCACAAGGACCGGCAUAAGGAUCCUGGUUCAAGCCCCCGGCUCCCCACCUGCGGGGGAGUUGCUUCACAAGCGGUGAAGCAGGUCUGCAGGUGUCUAUCUUUCUCUCCCCCUCUCUGUCUUCCCCUCCUCUCUCCACUUCUCUCUAUUCUAUCCAGCAACAAUGACAUCAGUAACAACAAUAAUAGCUACAAUAAAACAAUAAGGGUGACAAAAGGGAAUAAAUAAAAAAAAAUUCUGAUUCCUGGGCUAGAGAGAUGACUCACAGGGAAGGGCCCAUGCCUUAGCCAUGCUCCUGGCCCAGGUAUAAUCCCCAGUGCUGUAGUCUCUCUCUGGAAGAAAAAGUUGGCUUGAUUUCCUGAGAUUUGCAGAGAUACACAGGAAGGCAUGGUCUCUUCCCAAAAGCCAGCAGAACUGAAGUGACAGUCGUGGGUCUGUCCCCUGCCCCAAGUGGCCCUCAAUCUCCUGUCCACUCUCUGCUCACAAUGAAAGGAGCUAUGCAUUCUAACACUGACUGCCUUGAAUGUGUGUCUAUUAGCAAGACACUUCCUUCACACCUCGUCUUCCCAUCUGUCACAACAGGAGCUGGACUUAGAUGUUCUCUGGUAUAUCUUGAUCUGCCUCUCACUUGCCAUGUUCUCUCUACUCUGCAUCUGUUGUUUUGGUUUUUUUUUCCCCCGUGUGUGUUCUCUGUUCCUCCUGGGCAUGCACAGGGUCUCUAGCAUCUGUAUCUGUGAUUGUACCAAGGGACUCAGCCUCAUGUAGCAUAGACAGGGCCCAGCCCAGCACUCCCUCCAGCCAAGGCCAGCUCUGCCUGCAUGUAUUGUCUCCCCCCUUUUUACUUUAGACUUACCUGUGCCCCCUCUUCCAGCUGUUCCUUGUAGCCGACAGUUUCGCUGAGCAGUGAAGUCCAGUGGUUUUGGCAUGUCUUCAGUAUGAGGGGGAUGGUCUGACUUCGUUGUGGGGUUGGUGUCUGUCACCCAUAGAAAGUAAAAGUAGUGGCGUGAUGGUUGAACCAAAGGAAUUUGUUUUGUAAUUUGGGUACUUUAUUUUGCAUUUUGGUAAACUAUUAAAGACUUUUUUUUGCUGUU